CUCAAAUAAUCUCAAGUAAAUAGUUAAAAAUCGUAGAUGCUGUAGAUGUACAUAGAUGAUUGUUAUCAAAAUACAUGUUAUAAUUUGCUCAUUGCAAGGAUGGCCCUGAAUAAUGCGAAAUCUGUGAUAUUUGGAAUAACAAAGAAUAAUAAAAAUGGCUUUAAAUGUUUAUUUUCGGCGAAGAAAUCUGACCGCGUUGCAUUUAACUGGCAGGAUCCGUUGAACUUGGAAUCUCAGUUAAAAGAGGAAGAAAAAUUAAUUAGAGACCAAUUUAGAGGAUACUGCCAGCAGAAACUCCUUCCAAGAGUAAUCGAAGCAAAUCGAAAUGAAG